CUGCUAGAAAAUGAAUUCUAGUCAUUCGGCUCAAUAAUAAUUUUCUUUAAUAUCCAUUGUUCGAAUGCAAAUCAAAUGCAACAAUGUUUUCUUUAUUAAUCAGCACGUGUAAAGGGAAACAAAGAGAUCACGCAUUUCUUUGACCGCCGAACCGAGUGCCAUAUAAGUAGCGUCAUUCAGAAAGUCGACGAACAAGAUUUUGUCAAGUGACGACAAGAAGCACAAGCGUUAGUUGCUGCACAGAAAGAAGUGAUAUUCUAAAGAUGAAUGUGACGAGCGAUUCGAAAAAGAGCGAUGGCCAGAUACGAAAUUUCUACGCCAGAAAACACGUAUUCCUCACGGGGUGCACCGGUUUCGACGGCAGCCUCAUCUUGGAGAAGCUCCUGAGGACGUGCACCGACAUUGGCAAUGUUUACAUUAUGACCAGAGAGAAGAAAGCCGUCGCCGAGGGUGUAGUCGAGGAUUUUGCUAAGCAGAGUUCGCUUCCGUGCAUAAUCUACAGGCCUUCUAUAAUUAUAAUUGCGAUACGAGAACCUUAUCGUGGAUGGAUAGACACAAAGUAUGGUCCUGUGGUAUUGCUGGCACUGCAGGCUUUCGGCUUGUUGCACGUAGUGCCUGCGGAACCGGGUGUAAUAUCAGACUACAUUCCAGUCGACCUGGCGACUAACGGCCUUUUGUCAGCGAUCUGGGACUACACUGUCAACAGGGAAACGAAUGAGCCGCAAGAGUACAAUUGUGGAUCGUCUGACUGGAAUCCUAUGAGGUUUCAUACAGACUGUCCAAAAUAUACCAAAUCAAUUGAGAAGUAUCCGUCAUCAAAGAUUGUCUGGUAUCCAUUCAUGUUCUUAGUUGGGAAUAUUUACGUCUUUCUUGUACUUCACGUGCUGUUCCACGUGUUGCCUGCAAUCAUUGCUGAUGUGGUCCUAAUGAUCCAGUCGAAGAAACCAAAGGCGUUGAAGGUAGUAUCAAAGGCAACCGUGCAGGUUCGUGCGUUGUAUUACUUCAUAAGUACAUCUUGGAUUAUAACAGCGGAUAAAUUGAAGAGUGUCAUGAAUCGUAUGGAUGUUACGGAUUUAGAAGAAUUUUCAUUUGAUAUGACACUUAUAGACUGGGUUGAGGUGUCCGAAGUACUUGCUCUGAACGCUCGUAAAAUUGUAAAAGGCCCGAUCGAAGCGAUUCCCGACGCGAGCAGGAGGUUCCAGAAGCUUGAAGUACUUGACUACACCAUAGUCACUUUACUAUGGACACUUGCAUUUUUCUUUCUCUUUAGAAUAAUAUCUUAAAUUUUCUGUCAUUGGAACCGCAAUAAACGCAACAAAACAACAUUACGAAUUCACAUUAAUAUUUAUUCCGACAGUUAAUUUAUUCUCUUAAAACACUCUCUUCACCAACAAUGUAUCGUAAUAAAUGCCUGUGAUUAACUUCAAUAUUCAAUUACAAACGUUCGAAUAAUGCAUACAUACAUGUGUGCAUCAAUUACAUCGUAGAGUUUUCUUUAAAAAGGUCCGACAUCUCCUAUUCGGCACUUAUACGGCUACGUCAAGAAAAAUAUCUUUGAACCAUUCCGGUUUUUCUACGCAGUAAGCUUGAAUAAAUACUACUUGGAGUACUAUCUGCGCUAUUGUUUCUAGCGGUCA